GGUUGCUCUUCGGGGCCAGUUGCCGCAGAGAAAAAGCUGGGUCAAUAAACCCCCCAUUCCAAUAUUUUCAAUCUAAUCCGCUAGACGUAAAGUUCUUCCGUCGUGCUAAACAUGCUGCCUUCCCUACAAUUUUUUCUGAGAGUUGCACGUGUGCCUGGUCGAUCACUUGGCUGCUAUUGAUGCCGGACCUCGAAUUGUACUCCGACGGCGAAGCUAACCAAUAUGUUUCACUGCAUUAACAAAGGUGCAAGACUUUGAUUUCAGGAUCAACUAGCUUACCGUUUACGUACUAGUACCAGUCGAUCAUACAGGCCAAAUUUUCCCAAGGGAACAUAUGAAGGAGCCCACAAAGAUGGAGGCGAACUUGUCCAAGACAAAAUUGAAACGAAAAGCGAGCUCGCAGCGUGGCUCCUCGAGAAAACGCGUAAAGGCUUCUUUCACAUCAGCGGAGAGCCUACCGUGGAAAGCCGUUUCGAAAUCUGUGGGGUCAGGCCUUGAAGAAGACGACGGCAUUUUGGAACUGGAGGAGGUCGACGACGUUGAAGUGAUCUAUGAAAAUACGGAUCGAGGACGAGUUGUAAAAUUCAACGUGCUCCAGACGCCUGACGACGAGAGCCUAGGCAGUGACGAAGAGCCUGCUCAUGAUCAUCACUCACCUUCAGAAGCAAUCGAGGCGAAUGAAUCUCAUUCUCCCCCGUUAUGCACCUUCGACAGUGCAGCGCUGUUACCCGACUGGCACCACUUCACCCUCCACCCUCAUAUCCUUCAAGUUCUCCACUCACGCAAAUUCAUCUCUCCCACUCCUAUCCAGUCCAAAGCUAUUCCACCCGCUCUAUCUGGUCGCGACGUCAUCGGAGUCGCGGAAACAGGGUCGGGAAAAACGCUUGCGUACGGUCUCCCUAUCAUUCACCACAUACUUUCGGGUCCGCGCUCGCCAACAAACCAGAGAGAGCUGCAAGCUCUGAUCCUUGCCCCAACCAGGGAACUCGCAUUACAGGUCUCAGAUCAUCUUAACGCAUUCGCUAGGGUUAUCGAUGGUGGUGUCAAGAAUGAGCCGGAAGAGACUGAUCUCACUGCUAGGGAGUUGCUGUCGGAUAAGCCAGGAGUAUCGGUGAGGCAGCAUGGGUACCACGUGCCCCUCGUGAGUAUUGCUGUACUUGUCGGAGGUAUGUCCGUACAACGACAGCGCCGUGUUUUGGACCGCUCGGUCGAUGUCAUUGUUGCAACCCCUGGGAGGUUGUGGGAUAUUCUUGAGGAGGAUGAAGCGUUGGUGAACCAAAUACGGAGAUUGAGGUUUCUUGUCCUUGAUGAAGCCGAUCGUAUGAUCGAGGCAGGACACUUCGAGGAAAUGGAUAAGAUUCUCCGUCUAACUAGGCGUCAGUCGAAGCGAGACGAGAUAAAACCUGAAAGCGGUGACCUGUCAGAUGCAGCAGGACAGCCGACUCGAGACUCGAUGCAAACGUUCGUGUUCUCUGCAACGCUCAGCAAGGAACUCCAACGUAACCUCAAAAAACGCUCACGGCAUAAAAGUCGCACAAAAGGUGAUCACAAGCCCCUCAGCACCAUCGAUGACCUCCUUUUACGCCUCGACUUCCGUGAUCCACAGCCAGACAUCAUUGACAUUAGCCCAAGUGAUGGUGCUGUAUCCACACUCCAGCUCAGCAGGCUCGAGUGCCUCUCUUCCGACAAGGAUGUGUAUCUCUAUUACUUCCUGUUACGGUACCCAGGACGUUCCCUCGUGUUCUUAUCGGCUAUCGACGGCAUCCGGCGCCUCCUUCCUUUACUAGAAUUGCUUAACCUUAAAGCAUUCCCACUGCACUCCCAACUAGAGCAGCGCCAACGGCUGAAGAAUCUCGACAGGUUCAAAUUGACACCAAAGGCUGUUCUACUCGCCACCGAUAUCGCAGCACGAGGUCUUGAUAUCCCAGCUGUUGAUCAUGUUAUACAUUAUCAGAUUCCGCGAUCCGCGGAUGUGUUCGUACACCGGAAUGGGCGUACCGCACGUGCGAUGCAGAAGGGAUUUAGCUUGCUCAUGUGUUCACCCGAAGAAAGGAGAGUUGCGAGAUCACUGUUAGCGAAGCUCGGACGUCGCGAGGAUGACUUUCCGGCAAUUUCGGUCGAGACGACCCUACUCGACGACUUGAAGGCUCGUAUUCAUCUUGCACGACAGAUCGAUCUACAGCAGCACAAAGUCAAGAAGCAAAACCAUGAGCGUCACUGGUUGAAAGAUACGGCAGAAGCGAUGGAUAUAGAACUUGACCCUGAUUUCAUGAGCGCCUCAGAGGACGAAAGCAAUCCUUCGAGACGCCAACAAAAAAGAACCAAAACAAAAACAGCUUCUCUGAAAGCCGAGUUACGAGAGCUGCUCUCCAAACCUCUCCUCGUACGAGGUGUAUCCGCGAAAUAUAUCACGUUUGGCAGUCGACCGAUUGCCGACGAUCUUGUGGAGGGCAACGUUCAUGAAACGAUGUUGGGCCUGAAGAGGACGGAUGCCGGUGAUGAUUUAGUAGCCGCAAGGACAAAGAAACCUAAGGUGAAGAAAGGAAAAAAGGAACCAGAGGAGUGGUGUGGUGUUCGUUCCUGAAGCUGUGACCGUGGUACGAGAGAGACGACACGCGGAGCGGGGAUCCACGGUGUUCUCCAUCAUAUGCAUAUGAUGGAUGCGUGGCGAUGUUGAUGGCGUCGCGAAAACUGUUGGGUAUGCAGGGAUAUUGUUGUGACCCUUGGCACGAGGCAGCAGGCUUGCUAUGACGUUGGCCGGCACCACUCACUGAAACAGUCGGAAGCUGUCUGUACAUACAUACGCGGGUGACGCUAGUAUGUAUGUACGUACCAUGGCUGAUGGCGUCCUUCCCACCCUCCAAAUGGAGAUGGAUGCCUCGAUACAAACUCC